GAUGUGAGACAUACAUAAAGGCAGUUUAUCAUGUCUGACACUGGGACACAAUCUUUUUCUCGAGGUCCAUGUAUUUAGUGGUGAACCCCACAGAAAUAGUGUAUGGACCUAAUUUCUGGAUUGCACGUGAGGUGGCCCACAAGAACCCAGGAGGAGUUUUUCUGUUUGUUGUAACUGAAGGUUCUAUACAAGUGCAUUGUUCAUGUUUGCACAAAUUUCCCAUUAUUCAAAUGUACGAGCCAUUGAUGGACGACUCUAAUCCAGAGCCUACCAACUUUCUGAAGGAAUUCUACAUACCUGAUUACAUACUUCUGCCCAAUUCAGAGGGUGAAGUUCUUCCUCAUGUACCAAGAUGCCCAGUUAUCGUGUUCAUCAACUCUAAAAGUGGUGGUCAGUUGGGUGGGGCUGUUCUUAUCACAUAUCGUUCUCUCCUGAACAAAAAUCAGGUUUUUGAUUUGCUGGAAGAGGCUCCUGAUGAUGUCUUACGCAGACUGUAUCUCAAUCUAGAAAAGCUCAAGCUUAAUGGUGAUGAAUUGGCUCCUAAGAUUCAGGAGAGACUGAGGAUCAUUGUUGCUGGUGGGGAUGGAACUGUUAGCUGGCUUCUUGGAGUUGUUUCCGACCUGAAAUUAUCUCAGCCACCACCAAUUGCUCCAGUGCCCCUGGGAACUGGAAACAACAUUCCAUUCGCUUUUGGUUGGGGAAAGAAGAAUCCCAGGACAGAUCAUCAUUCUGUUGAGUCAUUUUUGCGUCAAGUAAUCGAAGCCAAGGAAAUGAAGAUAGACAGCUGGCACCUUCUCAUGAGGAUGAGAGCUCCAAAACAAGGCUUCUGUGAACCAAUCCCACCUCUUGAGUUACCACAUUGUAUGCAUGCAUACAGACAAAUAUCUUUAACAGACACUCUGAACAUGGAAGGUUACCACACUUUCCGCGGAGGGUUUUGGAAUUACUUCAGCAUAGGUAUGGAUGCGCAAGUAUCCUAUGCUUUCCAUUCUAGGCGAAAGCUGCAUCCAGAUAAGUUCAAAAACCAGUUGGUUAAUCAGAUUACUUAUCUGAAGAUUGUAUGUAGACAAGGAUGGUUUUGUGCUUAUCCGUUCUAUCCUUCUUCAAGGAACAUAGCUCAGCUUGCAAAGGUUAAGUUCAUGAAAAAACAUGGAGAAUGGCAGGAUCUACACAUCUCUCGCAGUAUCAGGUCCAUUGUAUGCCUCAACUUGCCUAGCUUCUCUGGUGGAUUAAAUCCUUGGGGAACACCAAGUACAAAGAAAAAACUCAAUAGGGAAUUGACUCCACCAUUUGUUGAUGAUGGCCUUCUGGAGAUUGUUGGUUUUAGAGAUGCUUGGCAUGGGCUUGUUUUGCUAUGUCCAAACGGACAUGGGACUCGUCUUGCGCAGGCACACAGAAUCCGGUUUGAAUUUCACAAGGGUGCGGCUGACCACGCGUAUAUGAGGAUCGAUGGGGAACCCUGGAAGCAACCCCUUCCAGUAGACGAUGACACUGUUGUGAUAGAGAUCUCUCAUCAUGGACAGUUGAAGAUGCUCGCCACCCCCAAGUGCAUAGCCAAAAGUGUACACGAUCAGCUGAUGCCUACAAAUCAUGAUGUUGAUGGAGAGGAUAGAGGUGAAGACAACGACUCUGUAGGAGAAGAACAAAGGAAGUUUGGGGCAGCAGACACAUUCAAGAUCCCCUAUGAGGAGCAGAAUAAGGGAAAAGACAGUUGCAGCUCGCAGUGACAGACUCUGGAUAUCACACGCAGUUAAGAGAGUGAUUUAUCCAACGUGCCAACCCUGGAUCUUGUGUUUCUGGAUUUUUAUGGCAUAUCAAGUUAAAGAGACGUGCUUAAGACGAAGUCCUAUCCAUCGUGCAGAAAGGAUGCUCAAGUGGCUGUUUAUGUUUUGAAUCAGAGACAUCAGGUCGCAAUGGAACAACCUUAUCUCUGGAGCAAAGGCCGUCUACUCGAUCGGCUGUUACAUUACCUCACUCUGUCAGUAUGUUUCUGUUUCGGUUUCUGGUUUUCUGCUGAUAGUAACACUCGAAUCUGAACACCAUACCAAGUGCGAAAAUGUUCAUCCAUCCGGCCAGAAUGUUACAAUCUUACAACAUACAUGCCUUCUAUGAACAAUAAAGUUUACAAACA